AUGUCUUCACUGUUGGAUCAAGCCACGCGCAUUGCGCAAGACUUUGAUUACCCCGCCGAGCAAGUGCAGCGCGGGGUUGCCGAGUAUAUCAGGCAGUCCGAGGAGGGCUUGACCAAAGAGGGCACGACCUUGAGCCAAAUUCCUACUUUCGUGACUGCAGUGCCGAAUGGCACAGAAAAGGGCCUUUACUUGGCAGUCGAUCUUGGUGGCACUAACUUCCGUGUGUGCUCGGUCCUCCUACACGGCGAUACGACUUUCUCCCUCACCCAAUCCAAGAUCCUAAUCCCCCGUGAAUUGAUGGCCUCUGGCACAUCAAAAGACCUCUUCCUAUUCUUGGCCCGUCAAAUCGAGGCAUUCCUUCGCAUCCACCACAACGAACACUUUGAAGCCCACCAGCUCCGCCGACAGGAUGGUAAUAAUGAAGAAGACAUGUUCGAUCUGGGCUUCACCUUCAGUUUCCCCGUCCGCCAGUGCGGCAUCAACCGCGGAACCCUGAUCCGCUGGACUAAGGGCUUUAACAUCCCCGAUGCGGUUGGCCACGAUGUUUGCGCGCUGCUUCAGUCUGCCAUUGACGAGUUGCACCUGCCAGUGCGCGUGGCUGCACUGGUGAACGACACCGUCGGCACUCUCAUGGCUCGUUCAUAUACCUCGCCAGGCAAGACUGGCACUUUCAUCGGUGCCAUUUUCGGAACCGGUACCAACGGUGCUUACGUGGAGAAGACCAAGAAUAUCACCAAGCUCCACGAUAUGAAGGAUGCCCACUUCGAAGACUCGACAGGCGAGAUGAUUAUCAACGCUGAGUGGGGUAGCUUCGAUAACCCUAUGAGCGUGCUUCCUACCACUGUGUUCGAUGAUGAACUCGAUGCCGACAGCAACAACCCCGGUGUGCAGAUGUUUGAGAAGCGUGUCUCGGGCAUGUUCUUAGGCGAAAUCUUGCGCCGUGCGCUUUUGUCUCUACACAACGAUACCAACUUGGGAUUGUUCAAGGCCAACAAGAACUCCAAGGUCGUCACUCCUGAAAAAUCUAUGCUCUUCCGUCAAUGGGGUCUGGACACCAGCCUGCUGAGUUCAGUCGAGGCUGAUAGUAGCAAGGACCUGGUGGAUGUGAAGGCCGCAUUGAAGGAUCACCUCGAGAUCGAGAACCCCAGCCUCGAAGAGUGCCAGGCCGUGAAGAUCAUAGUCCACGCCAUUGGACGACGUGCCGCUCGCCUAAGUGCUGUUCCGCUGGCUGCCAUUCUCGUACACACCAACAAGCUUGAGACUGAUGACAUGAUCGACAUCGGUGUCGAUGGCAGUCUUGUUGAAUUCUACCCCAAUUUCGAAGGGCACCUGCGUGGAGCUUUGCGCGAGGUACCCCAAGUUGGAGUCGCAGGCGACAAGAAGGUCCGCAUUGGCAUUUCCAAGGACGGCAGCGGUGUUGGCGCAGCUCUGAUUGCGCUCGUCGCUAACCGGGACGAAGGCCUCGAAAUUCCCAAGGAGAAAUAA